AGUUGAGGUAGAAAAAUAAUCCCCCCAAUUUACGAGAAAAAAAAAUAGAAAAAAAUAUACGAAUAUAUAGAAGCAUUUAGUACUUCCAAAAAAAUAAAACGAGUGAUAUCAUCGAACAGAAAGUCUUAGAAGUGUUGAAAUUAUGUGCAAUCGAAGUGUUCUCGUGCCUCGCGGUGAGCACUCGCGGGCCCCGGGGCAUGAGUGAGCCGCCGGGCCAGUGACCAGCCCCCAUGUCCAGCCAGUGAAUCAUGUCCGGCCACAGCCUCCCAGCGCAUCUCCCUCGCUGAGUCUCGCCGCCCGCGGAUAUGGAUCUCCUUACCUGCGCCUUCGCCCUCGCUCACCUGCUCGCCGUCGCCGCCGCCACAGGGUCGCAUUUCGAGCGCGUGGAGGGCGUGGUUGGGGGUGACCUGACCUUGCCCUGUGACGUCACCCCGCCCACCAGUGACCGUGUGGCCGUCAUCUUGUGGUACCGUGAUAACCACCCAGAUGCUAUGUAUACGUACGACGCCCGCAACACCUCCCUGGGCUACCGACAGCACACGCCCAGGGACCAGACGACCGCGCCCGCGCCCGCUUCCAUCCGCAGCCUCCCGCCCGCAUGGUCAUCUCGGGCGCGACGCUGCACGACGAUGGGCGGUACGAGUGUCGGGUGGACUUCAUGAGGGCGCCUUCCAAGACCACGAUCAUUGAGGUAGUGGUGAUUGAACCUCCUUCAAGCAUAAAGUUGUCUCUCCACACUGGGAAGCACCUGGACAUCACACUCCCAGCUGAUGAAGGAAGCUCACUGCACCUGUCGUGUGUUGUGAACGGAGG